UGCGAGGAGGCGCCGCCAUCUUGGGCCGCUGGGUCUUCGCACCGGUCGCUGGCUCCCCGAGGUGGGUGGAAGGUGGGUCGGGUCGCUCCGCCUGCGGUCGCGGGCCUCGCCUCCUCUCGCGCUCCGCUGCGGCCCCACGAUGCCGCAGUACCAGACCUGGGAGGAGUUCAGCCGCGCGGCCGAGAAACUCUAUCUCGCCGACCCUAUGAAGGCACGUGUGGUUCUCAAAUAUAGGCAUUCUGAUGGGAGUUUGUGUAUUAAAGUAACAGAUGAUUUAGUUUGUUUGGUGUAUAGAACAGACCAAGCCCAAGAUGUCAAGAAGAUUGAGAAAUUCCACAGUCAACUAAUGCGACUCAUGGUAGCCAAGGAAUCCCGCAGCGUUGCCAUGGAAACGGACUGAAUGGUUUGGAAGGAAGAUGACCCUUCUUUGGAAGUUUCUUCUGGAGCAUAACGAUUGUGUCGUUGAGGACCCACCACCGUCGGGUACGGUGAGUGGAAUUCUGUGCACAGCAGCACGCCUGUCUGUGGGCGAGGCGUCUCAGCUGUGUCUCCAAGUGAUCAUGGAACCAAGUAUGCUUGACCUAAAACGUUGCGGCUUUAGCCUGCAGUUUUUACCAUAAAGGAUUCGUAGUAUCAUUCGCUUGUUGAGCAGAUAUUUGCUUUGAAUCCAGCUUUCAGUGCCCGAGAACAACCGCAGUUACUUCAAGCGCAUGGUCACUGCUGUACUGAGACCACCGUAUUCCAGAAGGCCUUGCCACGCGUUUCCCGUCUGUGUUUUCUCAGAAGGGCUAACGAUGUGACCCGUGAAGUCUGCGGGUGUCUGCGCCACCGCUGCCCGUCUCUCCCUUCACCAGGAUGUUGUGUGACUGUCACGAUGUUAUGUUGUCCGCUGAACCAGAAGUAUGAGGUUAUUUGAUACUCAUCGUAUAAUUGUAACCCGAGUUUCACCACCUAAAUGUUCGCGUGUUGCUUCCUAUGUUAAAAUAUUUUUUGUUAGGAAUUUGUCAUGUUGAACAACAUUUUAACCUGGGAAAUUCCGUCAGCCAUAUGACUUUUUUCAUGUUUCCGAGAAGUCUAUAAAAUAUUAUAUGGAUAUAUGUUGUCUCUUGAAGUUUUUAACUUCUCAAGAAUUUAUGGAUUUCUUGACUGGCAUAUACUAUAUUCAUUUAGUCUAAAAUAAGCCUAGUGAUACUGUAAUUUUUUUUUGUCUGUCAGUGCCUUUUAUUACAUGACUUUCUGUGAAGAUCUAUGUUGAUGGCAAGGUGGUUUUCUUGGUUAAGAAAAGUAACAUCAAAUAGUAAAGGGUAUUUUGGGUUUGUGGUACCCCCGCCGCCUAGAACGAAUGGGGUCACUGGAGGAUUUUUUGGAUCUUUUUCCUCUCAUUUACACCUUCCACUUCUUAACGGUACUUCGUAAAAAUAACCUGGAAGGGACAGACUGGGAUUCGGGGUCCCGGGGUCCUCGUAGCUCAGAGCAGAGGGCGCACGCACGCCAGACUCCCUGGCCUCCAGUCUUGGCCCCACUGCUCGCCGACCCUGGUCUCAGGGUGCUUCGGACACCAGGCUCGCAGGUGCUCCUGGGACUUGACGAGGGCUGAAUGGCGUCACCUCUUUCAAGCCCUCAGCGCGGUCCCCGCGGCGGGAAGCUCCAUCACAAGAGCUGUCGGCAGGAGGACAGUUCUCAGGGAAAGGGUAUGGCCAGCCUUUAGUUUUAUUUCAUAAUUUUAAUUGAAGGAUUAUUUAGGGACAGCAUCUGCCUUUUCUGCCGAGAGCUGUGUCUAUUAUUAAACGCUGCUUCUGGCAGUCGGGAAGUGAGACAAGACUGCCCGCAACGGAGCGUGUUCUUCUGUGGGGAGAAGCCGAAAUCCUCGAACCUAAAACUUGUGUUUAUUUGUCCCUGCACAAAAUAAAGUUAUUAGGAGAA